CUUUUUUGAAACUUUUUGGCCUUAACUACAAGAAAUUUUCACGAGCUUUGGCUGAAAAAGCUAGGGUUUUGUCACAGGAAAGGUCAAUUGCUCAAGAUUAGCUCAAGGUUCUCUGUCGGAAAUCCAUUAAAGAUCCUCUCUCCUCUCUUUUCUUUCUCAUUUCCGCCUUUCUUUUGGAGCUUCGAAGACCGAAGAUGUGUCGGUACUUCUACUAUCUCACAUCCUCUCAGCUCUGAUCAAAAUUAUGGAACAUACACAAAUAUCUGUGUGUUUAAUUUGAUGUUUCGAGUGUUGGUAUUUGAGAUUGAACUUUUGAAGGGACCAGAGAUAUAGAUAAAGAAGGAAAAAUUGUCAUUAUUGGCGUCAAAAAGCGGAAUUGUUUAAUUUAUGGAGUUUGCUUUUUCGGAGACGUACAUGUGAAGCAAUUUAGAGUUUUUCAUCAUCUCCCAACUGUUCAGUUCAUCAAAUGCGUGCUUUUACCGAGUGGACAUGGAAGUUUCUGGGUCGUCUCGUUCUUGUUCGGGCAAUUGCUUACUCAUAACCUGUAAAUUGGUCUUUUGGGAUUCUACUGUUUGAGUUGAAGUUAGUCUUAUAUUAACAAAUUUUUUGCACCAGAACUCCACAAUGGGUACUUUCGAUGCUUUAACAUCACACCUCUGGAGAUGUAAUCGUAUUCAGAGUCGAAUGGAUGGAUAUAGCUAGCAGGGGUUUAACUGUUGUAGCUUAUAUAAUUGCAGUUAGAGUGGGUUGUUUGAGAGUAGUAACUAUUGAGGUUUUUCAGUCAUGGGGGAUAUUGGGUUGUUUAAACAAGGGUGGAAAUGGUUGCAAUCUGAAAAGCAUUCUUACUUGGUUGUGCGAACUGCGGUGAGCAGUUUCAUGGAAAAAAUUGGGAUCUUUAUAGAGCGUCACUGGCCAAUGGUGUCCUGUGGGUGUGCGAGAUUAGGAAGGGUUCUGCUCUUCUUGUUGAUUCAUUGGAGGGAUAGUGUUAUUCGGGGCGCUCAGUCAUUUGUUGGGCUAGGUUCAGCAGCACUGCUUUUUAUAAUGUGGAGCUUCUUUCUUAGUAUGACAUCAAUGUCUUGCCUAAUUUACGUACUUCUUAGUAUGGGAGCUGCUGGCGCUGCAGUUCAGUACUUGGGUUACACUCCUGGAUUUUUUAUUGUGGGGCUGUUUGCCAUUUUAAUUUUAUGGAUGUAUGCUAACUUUUGGAUAACUGGUACAUUGUUCAUAGUUGGAGGCUAUCUGUUUUCCUUGAAUCAUGCUCGGUUUGUGGUAUUGAUGGCAACCCUAUAUGCUGUCUACUGUGUGAAAGUUCGAGUUGGAUGGCUUGGACUUCUUCUCUCGAUAAACCUAGCAUUCAUCUCAAAUGACUUAUUAAACUACUUGCUCCAGCGGUGUGACAGUUUGAGUGAAAACACACAUGUUGAAGAGCACAAAGAAUCAGAGUCAUUGACAGAAGAUGACUUCUCCAGAGAGAGUGAAUAUUAUGUUCCUACUAAUGAGGCUGAAAAGUUGCACUCUUGCAAAUCAUCCAGCAAAAUAACUACUAAUUCGUCUCGUGUCAGCAAGCCAAAAGAAUCAGCUGUCUAUCAGGUGGUAAGAGAAGAUGCAAAUUCAAUGAAUGAGAUGAAGCGGAUUUUAAACAGUAUGGAUCAUUAUCAGGCGCUGGGAUUUCCUCGCCAUAAUAAACUUGAUGCUUCGUUGGUGAAGAAAGAAUAUCGGAAAAAGGCCAUGCUUGUGCACCCUGAUAAAAAUAUGGGAAAUCCACUGGCAAGUGAAUCAUUCAAAAAACUUCAAUGUGCAUAUGAGGUUCUGUCUGAUUUUACAAAGAAGAGGGACUAUGAUGAGCAAUUGAGAAAGGAAGAACAUAAGCGCGUCUCACAAAAGUCACAUGCUACUUCACAGCAGGAUAGCCCUGAUUAUUGUUCAGAAGAGUCAAGACGUAUACAGUGCACGAAAUGUGGCAAUUCACACAUUUGGGUUUGCACCAAUAGGACUAAGAUGAAGGCAAGAUGGUGUCAGGAUUGUUGUCAAUAUCAUCAAGCCAAGGAUGGUGAUGGAUGGGUUGAAUACAGGGGGUCACUGGUAUUUGAUCAACCCCAAAAGGUGGAAAUACCACGAGCUUUUGUUUGUGCGGAGAGCAAGAUCUUUGAUGUGUCAGAAUGGGCCAUAUGUCAGGGAAUGGCUUGUAGGCCCAAUACCCAUCGGCCCAGCUUUCACGUAAACAUGGUUGGAUUGGAGAAAACUCAGAGAUCCAACUCAAGCAGGUACCCAUGGGAUUUGGAUGCUGAAAUGAUGGAUGAAGAGGAAGAUUUUGAGCAAUGGCUUCAGCAAGCUCUAGCCUCUGGCCUCUUUUGUGAGACCUCCAAGCGCAGAAAGACUUGGAGUCCCUUCAAGUUGCAUCAGAAGAAAGGAAAGAAACAAUGGCGAAGAUCACCUUAAACGACGCGAUCAAGUGGGGUAGCAAUUGCCUCCAUCACACUUACAACACCAGAACCACAAACACACGGAAAGGUAAACAAGAAAAGACGGAUCAUAAUUUGGCAGUUCUCAAUGUCAUGUCCAGAGGCGCCUGAUCUCAUCAAAGGAGGUGAGAUGACAUUGGAUGUGGUGGUUUGGCAUGUUUUCCUCGAUGCUCGUGUGUAAAUAAGUUUUAGACUUCUCUUGUAGCAUUUCAUCUAUUGUAAAAUUGGGCGGGGGAAACAAAACUGAGUGAAUGGUGCCCAUGAACAUCGAUGAUACGAUUACCAUUUUGGCUCCAGGGGUGACUUCGGCAAUACUGGAUUACCAUUACAAGUCCUAAUCUAUUCACGUUUGGACACCGAGUUAUCGGCAUGCAGCAUAUAAUUUGUUCUCCAGAGGAAACGUUUUUUCAUAUGUGGUCAAAUAAUCACUUAUUGAUUUCUUGUUGCUCUAUUAGAGUUUGAUGUAUCUUUUGAAAUGCAAAAUAAAAAGUAACUGACGUUUUCC